CCCCCGACUUCCUGUUCUGGCGUCUGAGGGCCGAGAGGACGUUGGUCUGAGGUGGGCGUCCUCAGAUCAGAAGGGAGAGGAAUCGAAGCUGUUUCCAGCUCUCAAGAGAUGAGAACCUGCUGGGAAGAAGGUAACAUCGCGUAUCUGCCUGCAGAGAGCACCUUAUUAACCAGUAUCCCAUCUGAGGAGCUCAUGCAGUGACUCUGCAUUGAGCACCCUCCUCUGCUCACUCCUGACUACUGCCACCAGCCAGACACAACAUGCCUAAGGAUCAGGAAAGUCCACAAUGCAGACAGGAUCAGCCCAUUGAGACCCAGAGUGAGACCCAGGGCCUGGAAAAUGCCCAGGUGUCCAAGGCUGUGGAGGAGACCUCUCCUUCCUCCCCCAAUCCUUUAAUGCCAGACCACCUGAUGGAGGCUCCUGCUGCCAAGAUGCUGAGCACUCCUGAGGGUCCUCAGGGUUUCUGCUCCCCUGCCAGUGCUGUCGCAGCCACCUCAUCAAGCAUACCUGAUGAGAGCUCUAGUAGUGAAGAAGAGGAAAAGAGUCCAAGCACCUCACAAGCUACGGCAGCCCCCGAAAAUAUGCCCACUGAUGCUCUCAAUGAGAAAGUGGCUCUUUUGGUGAAUUUCAUGCUGCUCAAAUAUCAAAUGAAAGAGCCAAUAACAAAGGCAGAGAUGUUGAAGGUUGUCAUGCAAGAUGAUGAAGACCACUUUCCUGAGAUCCUCCUGAGAGCCUCUGACCGCAUGGAAAUAGUCUUCGGCCUUGAUGUGAAGGAAGUAGACCCCAUCAGCUACCGCUAUGGCCUCUUCAUCAAGCUGGGCCUCACCUAUGAUGGGAUGCUGAGUGUUGAAGAGGGUGUGCCCAAGACCGGCCUCCUGAUCCUGAUCCUGGGUGCGAUCUUCAUGAAGGGCAACCGUGCCACUGAAGAGGAAGUCUGGGAAAUGCUGAAUGUGAUGGGGGUAUAUCCCGGGAGGAAGCACUUCAUCUUUGGAGAGCCCAGGGAGUUCUUCACCAAAGAGUUGGUGAAGGAAAACUACCUGGAGUACCGCCAGGUGCCCAACAGUGAUCCUGCACAGUAUGAAUUCCUGUGGGGCCCAAGAGCCCAUGCUGAAACCAGAAAGAUGAAAGUCCUGGAGUUUGUGGCCAAGGUUCAUGGAACUGACCCAAGUUCUUUCCCUUCUCAGUAUGAGGAGGCUCUGCGAGAUGAAGAAGAAAGAGCUCAAGCGAGAAUUUCAGUUAGGGCUGGCUCUACUUCCAUGGCCACUGAGAGCUCCAGUGCCACGUCUGGCAGCUUCUCCCAAACCUAGUGAAGUCAGGGAUAGAUUCCUCAUCCCUUUGAAGAGGGCAGUUAGUGUUCAAGGAAUGUAGGCCCAGGGUGGAGCUGGGCAUACAUCUGUAUGUUCCUAUUCUGUAUGUGUAACUUCACCAUUUCUUCUUGUAUUUUUGAUUACUGUGCUAUGCAAAUAUUAUUUCUUUUAUAGAGCUUUAAUUAUCUUCAAAUUCUUCAUGUCUUAAGUGAUUUUGAUCACACAUCUAAUGCUGUUCAUGAGGUUCAAUAGUAAGAGCUCCUCUUCUCUAAAACACAUUGUAAAACCAUCCAUUUUAUUUUGUGAUCUGGAGUAAGAUAACAUGGCAUUUUUAUAGGCAUUUCCUCUGAAAUAUGGAGGAAUUUGGCUUUAAAAUAGUUGGGAUCAACUGUGAGAGCUAGAACUUAAAAGAUCUAAAAUAUAUUCAGUUCUUGUUUAUUAUCUUUUUAGUCUUUUUUUUCUGUAAAAUUCACUGAUAUUUGCAUCCAUGUGCUUAGCUCGUUCCAUAGUGUAUGAGAAAUAAAUCUUAAUAAAUUUU